AUGUCCGGCAGAGGUAAAGGUGGUAAGGGUCUCGGUAAGGGUGGUGCCAAGCGUCACAGAAAGAUCUUGAGAGACAACAUUCAAGGGAUCACCAAGCCAGCUAUCAGAAGAUUGGCGAGAAGAGGUGGUGUCAAGCGUAUUUCCGCUUUGAUCUACGAAGAAGUCAGAUCCGUCUUGAAGUCCUUCUUGGAAAACGUCAUUAGAGAUGCUGUUACCUACACUGAGCACGCCAAGAGAAAGACUGUUACUUCUUUGGAUGUCGUUUACGCUUUGAAGAGACAAGGUCGUACCUUGUACGGUUUCGGUGGUUAA